AUGGAGGCUUCGACGAUUCUCGGGCGCCUAGCUGACAGAAAUCUUGCAACGAAUGCGGUUGCCACCAUCGUGGAUGAUUUCAAAACGGUUUUGAAGGCUCAAUGUCGACUGCAGGGCGAGUGGUUGCAACAGGCAACUGAGCUGUCGUUUGCGAAGGACCAGGCGGCGAAAUUGGCAGAGGAACUUGCAACAGCACAAGAUGUGACUGCACAGCCCAAGGUGCAGGCGCUUGAGGCGCAAGUGCGGCAGCAUGAACGAGACUUGAUCACCGCAUACAGGGACAAAGGCAAGCUGUCGGAAGAGCUCCUAGCUAGUCGCCAGGAGCUUGCGGCCGCACAGCACGCCCUAGAGGGCCUUCAGAGGGAUCUCGUCAACGAGCGGGACAGCAGGAAGGACGCGGAGGUGCAGCUUCAGGAGGCGCUGCAGGCAUUGGAAAGGGAAAAGCUUGUGGCAGCGACUGCGUCCGGCGAGCUCCAGGCUCGGCAAGCAGAGCGCGAAGCGGCGGUGCUGGAGUGCGAGACACUAAAAGCAGAGAAUCAAGAUCUGAUCUCAAGGCUGGUUGCAAUCAAGGAGGCUGAAGCUGAACGCAGAAACGAGGAGAUGCGCAUGCACGCCGAGCUCGAUCGACGCCGAAGGGAGCUGGAGGUUCUCGAGAAGGCAGCUGCCGUGGAUGCUGACAACAGACUUGGAGCGGUGCUCCUUACAGGCGCGGACCUUUCUGCGCAAGAUUCGGUGCCAGCGCAUGCUGUUCUUCGUCUGAACGGCCAUGAUGGUGGUUGCUUCGGGGCGAGCUUCAACAGUGCGGGUGACCGUCUUGCCACGUGCGGGGCCGACCGCAUCGUGAGAACGUGGGAACCUCAGAGCGGUACACAGAUGAGUGAACUUCGAGGGCUGACAAUGACUGCACUGGGCGUGGCCUACACGGCGGACGAUCGCUUUAUCUUGGCCUGCAGCCAAGACGGCAGCAUCAGGGCUUGGGACGUUCGUACAUCAAGGGAACGUCACGUACUCACUGGUCACAACCAAAAAGUUGUCUCUGUUCAUCCUUUCUACGUUGAUGCUUCACGAGCAGUCUCAGCUGGGGCGGAUCGGUGCUUGAAGAUAUGGGACCUCAAUCGCGGUUUCUGUACCCAAACUUUGAUGAGUCACAGCUCUCCUCAAGGGGCUGUGGCAGAUCAGGUCCGAAGCUGUGUCUUGCGUGACGUCCUGAUGAUGGAUCUGCUCCCGAGCAACACGCAGAUCCCUGCCUUCCAGUGA